AUUAUAAAUUGAAACGAUUGUCAGAGAUUUAAUUCAUUGAAUGUAGUGAGUAGUUGGAAAAUUUUGGAAGCAGAAGAAAGGAAGGAUGAAGAGUGAUGUGUUCGUUGCCUGCAGAGAUGGCGAUCUCAACAGUAUCGAAAAGUUAUAUCGGCAGAACCCUCGCCUUCUACGAGAGGUUGCAUGUGAAGGAAACAGUCUUCUUCACAUCGCUGCAAGGGAAGGGCACAGUGAAAUUGUUUCAUGGGCUCUAACCCAAUUUAGUGGUUACCAUCGUAUGACGAAAAUUCGCAAUAGUGAUAAAAAUACGGCGUUGCAUGAGAGAGCUAAGGGCGGGAAUAAACAAGUGAUAAGAACUCUGCCUGACAGCAACAAGUCCGCAGCCUCUAAACGUAAUCAGUUUGGAGAGACAACUCUUAUUAUAGCAUCUGAGUACGGUCAUGUGGAAGCAGUGAAGCUUUUGUUAGAAGCCACUCCAUGGUAUAUGAUUUUAUGGCCAAGGAAUGACCACCAAACAUGUCUUAAUGUUGCAGCUUACGGAGGCCAUCUUGAUGUAGUCAGGUCGAUACUACGGAGGCCUAGCUGUUGGGAUAUUCUACAUCUUAUGUCCCAUAUUCCUGAUGUGCAUGGUGCCACUCCAUUGCAUCUAGCUGUUCAUGGAAGACAUGUAGAUACUGUAAAUGAAAUAAUGGGCAUAAGACUAAAUUCAUGGUGGUGUAAGCUUUGCUUCAACAUGAAUUUCAUGACAAAGAAGGAUAAGUUUGGUCGAUGCCCAAUUCAUGUGGCAGUAUUGAAUGGUUAUUCCGAGAUAGUUGAAAUAUUUAUAUCUUCAAUGCCAGAUUGCAUAGAAAUUCUUAGUAAAGAUCUGAAAACUCCCGUACAUUUUGCAGUGGAGCAUAAUCAAUUUGCUAUGGUACAAAAAAUCCUCUCUCCACUCAAGCCCACAAAAGCUACAAAGUUUGUGACCUAUGACCGUGACAUUUUUGGCAAUACAGCGUUGCAUUUGGCUGCCAAGGAAGGAGUGGAACCUCAGCUUGUGCAAUAUUUGCUUUCAGUUUCUGGUGUAAAAGUGAAUGGUAAGAACGAUGACGGAAAAACUGCACUUGACAUAGGCACUGCUGUUGAUUCUAAAAAUAAUCCCAAUUUGUGCCAGAUUGCAAGGAUUCUAGAAGAUGAGAAUGCAGUUCAUGGUAUCUAAACCAUCUAGACAACUAGAACAAAGUGCAAACCAAAGAAAUGAUAAUGAGGAUAAAGUGAUGUCAAUGGACACACUAGUGGCUUCUCUAGUUGCCACUGUGACAUUUGCGGCCAUGUUUCAGGUACCAGCUGGAACUACAAAAGGUGGAGACGAUGAAAUGGCAUUACAAGCUCUUUUUCAAGUUUUUCUAUUUUCUAAUUGUCUUGCUUUCUUUGCGUCCAUCACAGUAAUCAUUGCAUGGAUAUUUAGGGAAAGACUACAUGAAAGGCUUGCUAUGGAUCAAUCUCCAUUGGCCAAACUAUCCCUAAUAAGCUUAGAAAUCUCCGUAAUGUCAACAGCCCUUGCAUUUCUAUGUGCAACCAUCCUAGUCACAAUACCUCAUCAGCUUACUGGAAAAAAAAACGGUAAGCAUGUGUUAAAUGAAUAUCGGUUUAUCUUCGGAGGUGAAAUCUUGACAUCAGCACUUGUACCUACAAUGGCUAUUCUCAUUUUGGGCCUUAUUUGGGCUUAUGAAUAUUAUUUUAGGGCUACAACUAGUUCUCGGCAAAAGCAUAAAGCCAUAUUUAGACAGGUGGUAAUCUACCUAAUUCCACCUCUUGUAGUCAUACUCAUAGUAAUUAUCAUCUAUGGGUUAAACAAGUUAAACAUAGAUAAAGAAGAAAUGUACUAGCAUGUAUCAGCAUCAUGUUUUCGCCAUGCAUCCCGAUAUCGUAUCGUAUAUCAGUUAUAUUUAUUAUUACUUCAUGUGUUAUAGUGUUUUCUGAAAGUGUAAAGAUUUUAUUCGCUUUGAUUUAAUUUUUAUUUAAAGAAUUUGUAAUUUCAA